AUGUCUGAGGGAGAAGUUGACGUCGCGGCCGUUUCCCAGUAUGAGGUCCUCCCCAAGGAGGUCCUCGCUGAGGUUGGCAGUGUGAAGCUGUUCAACCGCUGGAGCUACGAGGAUGUCGAGAUUAGGGAUAUCUCUUUGACCGACUACAUCCAGAUCCGCUCCCCCGUCUACCUCCCCCACUCCGCUGGUCGCUAUGCCGUCAAGCGCUUCCGCAAGGCCAACUGCCCCAUCAUUGAGCGUCUCACCAACUCCCUCAUGAUGCACGGUCGCAACAACGGCAAGAAGCUCAUGGCUGUCCGCAUUGUCGCUCACGCCUUCGAGAUCAUCCACCUCAUGACCGACCAGAACCCCAUCCAGAUCGCCGUCGAUGCCAUCGUCAACUGCGGUCCCCGCGAAGACUCCACCCGUAUCGGUUCCGCCGGUACCGUCCGUCGCCAGGCCGUCGAUGUCUCUCCCCUCCGCCGUGUCAACCAGGCCAUCGCCCUCCUCACCACCGGUGCUCGCGAGGCUUCUUUCCGCAACGUCAAGUCCAUUGCCGAGUGCCUUGCUGAGGAGCUGAUCAACGCCGCUAAGGGCUCCUCCAACUCCUACGCCAUCAAGAAGAAGGAUGAGCUCGAGCGUGUUGCCAAGUCCAACCGUUAA